GUCAGCAGCGCGCGCCGCCUGCUGCUGCUGCUGCUGUGUCAGCCUGUCCUCGGCUGUUAGCACUAGCCUUUAGCCUGAAGCAGGCAGCAGCAGUAGCCGUGUAGCUUCCAGUAAUAUGCCUUCUAACGUGACUCUACCUCAGUGACAUUGAGUUAGUGCUCGUCAAACGUGACCGUUAAAGGCCAUGGGGCUUCCGCAGAGCUCGUUUUUGUCGGACGGUGGAAGUAACAGUGGAUAUCAUGUUCACGGGAUUCAGAAGGACUCACCUGCUCUGAAGGCCGGUCUGGAGCCGUUCUUUGACUUUAUCCUCUCGAUAGGAAACACCCGACUGAAUAAAGAGAGCGACUUGCUAAAAGACCUUCUAAAGGCCAAUGUCGAAAAAGAGGUCAGACUCGAAGUGUACAACUCUAAGACGCAGCGGGUUAGGGAACUGGAGGUGACGCCCAGUAACAUGUGGGGUGGUCAGGGUCUGCUGGGGGCCAGUGUCCGCUUCUGCAACUUUGAAGGAGCCAAUGAGAAUGUGUGGCACGUCCUGGAUCUAGAACCUAAUUCUCCUGCGGCACUGGCUGGCCUUAUUGCACAUGACGACUUCAUUGUGGGAGCUGACCAAGUGUUACAAGACUCUGAAGAUUUCUUCUCAAUGAUUGAGGCCAGCGAGGGGAAGCCACUGAAGCUGCUGGUGUACAACACAAACACGGAUCAAUGCAGGGAGGUUGUGGUGACUCCCAACGGAGCAUGGGGAGGAGAAGGAAGCUUGGGCUGUGGUAUCGGCUAUGGAUAUUUGCACAGGAUCCCAACUCGUCCGAUUCAACCUAACAACCAGAAUAAAAGUGUUUUGGAGUCCACUAUCACUGUCAGCAGUGAAGAGCCAGUUGCAAGUGACCACACUGAUGUGCCUUCUGUGGCUGAAAGUGUCCCUCCCAGCAUUAGCAACGCAGACUUGAUUAAAAAUGAAGUGCAGGAAAUGUUGCUGACCUCACCCACACGUCCACCUCUUGACCUAAGUAUUUCUGACCUCCCUGAAACGGUGACUCCAGACAAAUCGGAUAUGGUUUCCAACAUCGACAUAAGCCAGUGCUCCAUGUUUAAUAAUUACGACUCUGGUGAUCGGUCUAUUUUGGAUACCUCAUCGUUCCUAAGACCUUCAUCUCCAGAAACGCAGGAAGCAGAAUCUGAUAUGCAGAAAACUGAGCAGGAGCCUGCCGUUGACCCGAUCACUGCGACCUCUCUGAGCCCAGAGCCGGUAGACGGUGACUCCGUCGUCCUUGAAGUGGCCAUAGAAAGCCUGUGUGACACAAAUAACCCAGGUAUGCAAGAUACUGUCUCUGCACCAUCGCUCUCCGCCAGUAUCAUGGAGGAGGAGAUGACAGAGGCUGCUGCUGCUGCUGCUACAGACACUUAAGAUGCCCAGAGAAUAAGUUACCUUUCAUCUCAUUACGCAUAGACGAUUACGAGCACAUUAUACGGAAAAAGCUUCCUCACGUGAUUGUAAGUUGCUUCACUGGAAAUUAUUUUUGAUUCACAAGAGUUUUAUUUAUAUCCAAGUGCCACUGCUGCAUGCUGAAUUGCACAUUUAGGGAAGUCGGCACGCUGGAGUGGAGAGCUGGUCGAUAGCUAUAACAAUAUGAAUGUAUCAAUGUAUCAUUUAGACUUUAGUGUGUGUGUCUCAACAUGGAGCAGAAUGAAGCCUUAGUUGAGUCGUCGCUGUUAAAAGUCACCACAGUUUGCACUAAAAAAAAAAAGACAAAGGUGAAUAAUGCUCUUCCUCUACUCACCUUCUAAAAAGCUUGAGGUGGUGUUCACGUAGAUACAUUGUUUGAUUUUAUUGUUUACAAUUUUAAAAUGUGGGUAUUUUCAGUUUUUGGGAUGAAUUUUGAUCUGGGUGCACGUAAAAAAUAUACAUAUAUAUAUAUAUAUGUAUAUAUAUAUAUUUAUAUGAUUUUAAUCUCAGGCAUCAACCAUUUAAAGCCUUUUUGUCUCAUGUUUGACUUUGAAUCAGUGCGAAUGACAGCACGUUUGAUUGACUCGUAGAUUUUAAGUAAAUAUGAUUGUUUAUGAUUUUUAUGGAUGGGUGUAAAUAUUUAAAUAUUUAUUAAAAAAGAAAAAAAGAAAAAGAUGAA